AUGGUGCUUUAUGUUAUGAAAGUAAUGCUAAUUGUAUGGGUCUGCGAAACCGGCAAAAAUCAAGUCCGAGAAAUCGGCACUACCAUUUAUGACGUACUUAAUAGCACAAGAGAUAAGCAAAUCAAAAGCGAGAAUAUUAAUGAUAAUCUGACGCAUAUACAAAGACUCAUGAUAAACGAUACAAGACCAUUAUGUGUUUCCAUAUUGAUGAGCAACAUAAAGAGAAGUUUGCUAAUAGAACUAAAGGCCCUGAAGAAGCGACAUCUGAUGCUUAGUAACACAGUGCAAAUGAUGAACAUAGUCUUCAGUCUGCAACUACUUGCUACUAUAGUUAUAAUGUUUUUUAUGACGACUUUUGAAUUGUACUUCUAUAUAGUGCGCUGGCAAGAUGGCAUACUCAUUAUUAGUUUUAAUAAUCCGUUUUUUGACAAAUUUUUAAUAUCCAUAAUGUAUUACGUUACACAAAUGAUGCUACUUGUAUGGAUCUGCGAAACCGGAAAAAAUCAGGCUCAACAGAUUCGUACCACUAUUCACGAUCUACUUAACAACACUAGUGAUAAACAAAUCAAAGACGAGCUGCAGCUGUUUUCUUUACAAUUAUUGCAUUGUAAUAAUAUUUUUUCGGCAAAAAGUCUCAAUGUAGAUGCAACGCUUUUCGCAACUUUUAUGGGUAAAAUCUCGACAUAUAUGUUGAUAUUAAUACAAUUCUUGAUUAUAUCACAUUCUUGCGACAGAUAG